CUCAUGUACUCGAUAAGGGGAACCUUAAUCAAAACGCAACACAAUUUCGCGAGUUACCAGCAACGGUGGCGUCGCAUAAUUCAGAAGGUUGUUGAUCGCAUUGACAGAUGGUCUAACUCUUUGUGUGGAUUUCCCCUCUCUCAGAUGGCGUAACGUACAGUGCACGUCUUUGGCAUCCCUUCUGAGGACUGGUACUAGCCGGUAGAAGAAUGACGCGUACAUAGAGAAGUGCUCUUCUGGCAGCCUCCAAAGAGUUCACAAUAAGAAAACAAAAGACAGAAAGCAAUACCAUGGAAAGUGACAUGGAAAGCGAGAGUGCGAUUAUAAAGGAAUUCGAUUCCUCAACCCAAACUAGCGUAAACACUAUGUCUGCUAGGGUAAGUGUGGUGACCUUAAAUUUAGACCGAAAACUAGGUGACUUUAAUUGUGUUUGCGUCAAAAUUGAGACUGAUGAAUGUGCCCAAUCAGAACAGGUUCUAUGGGAAGAGAGACAAUCAGAUUGCAACAAACAAGAUGGCUUCAAUGUAGUACAUGAACAAACAGGAUGCUUUCAGAUUGAUCAAGAUUACACCAAACAAGAUGACUUCACCUCUGAAUGUGUUAAAUCAGAACAGACAGAAUAUGAAAUUAUGCAACAAGAUGUCGACAAUUCUGUAUGUGUGAACAGAAACACGAUUGCCAAUUUAAAUGCAUAUACAGCACAAGAUGAGCUCCAUUUUGUAUGUGGGCCAACAAAACAGUUUUUAAAUCCAAAUACAGACCAGAGUUAUAUAACAACGAAUGACCUCAAUUAUGUAUGUGGUACAACUAAGCAGUAUGUAAAUACAGAUAUGGACAAUGGAAAUAGAACAGAAAAUGAUCCCAAUGCUUUAUGUGAUUAUUCAAACGCAAUCGAGGAUCAAGCUCAAGUGGCCUACCUUAAUUCUGUAUUUCUGACAAGGGAAGAGAUUGAGUUUUCAAAUGUUGACCAAUAUUGUGCUAGAUCAACUGUGGGUGGAGAGACAAUUCAAAAGGACCUUUACUCAAACCUUGAUGUUCAUAGACAUUCAAACUUCGAAAAAGAUGACUCAGAUGAUGACUUUGUAGAGAUAUUCUUGGAAAGAGACAAAAGGAAAAGUGAGAGCUGUCAUUCAACUCUUGCGGAACCAAAGAGAUUUUUAUGUGAAGAUUCAUCCAGUGACGUGGUCCAGCCAAUGAGUCUUUCAGCAAGAGAUAGUGAAGAGAAUGCUUCGUCAAGGACUGCCCCCCUUUCUCUGAAACCAGUUAAGAUGAAAUUUAACGAAAAGGGUGACAGAGUGAAGAAAGUUAAGAGAAUGAAGAAAGCCAAGAUCCCAGAAAAAGACAAGACUGAGUACAGUCUUCAAGAGAGGAACCUGGCUAGCUGUAUGAACCUUGCACCUCGAGUUAAUGACCAGUUUCUCUACUGUGGAGAAUGCAACACGGAGUUUGAAGGGGACUGCCCUAUCCAUGGACCCUAUGACUACAUACAGGACAAAGAGGUGCCAGAAGGUGCCCCACUUAAAGCUGACCAUACGGUGCCAGAUUGCCUUGAAAUCAAAACGUCCAAAAUAGUUGGAGCUGGUCUUGGAGUUUUUUCCAAGGAGGGACUGGAAUCCAGGGUCAUGUUUGGACCGUAUGGGGGCGAUAUCGUUGCUGACAACCAGAAGUCAGGAUAUUCCUGGCAGGUAAAGACCUUAAAGGAAGGCAAACCAAGCCAUUUUGUGGAUGCCCAGAACAAGGCCACCUCUAACUGGAUGAGAUACGUGAACUGUGCAAUGACAGAGGCAGAUCAGAACCUUGUUGCGUUUCAGUACAAAGGAGGCAUCUAUUACUGCACAUUGAAGCCAUUUUCACCAGGAGAGGAACUAUUGGUCUGGUACGGAGAUGAAUUCGCCAGAAAACUUGGCCUCAUCAGAGACAGAAACAUAUGCAGUUAUUAUUGUGAGGAGUGUGAUUUUGCGUGUAAACAAAGUGGUCAUUUGAAGAGACACAUGAGGAUACAUACAGGAGAAAGACCGUACAAGUGUGAGGAGUGUGAUUUUGCGUGUAAACAAAGUGGUCAUUUGAAGAUACACAUGAGGAUACAUACAGGAGAAAGACCCUACACGUGUAAGAUGUGUGAUUAUGCAUGUAAAGAGAGUAUUUCAUUGAAGACACACAUGAUGAUACAUACAGGAGAGAGACCGUUCAAGUGUGAGGUGUGUGAUUAUGCUUGUCACCAGAGUGAUACCUUGAAGACACACAUGAUGAUACAUACAGGAGAAAAACCGUACAAGUGUGAGGAGUGUGAUUUUGCUAGUAAACAAAGUGGUGAUUUGAAGAGACACAUGAGGAUACAUACAGAAGAAAGACCGUACAAGUGUGAGGAGUGUGAUUAUGCAUGUAACGAUAGUGGUAACUUAAAGAAACACAUGAGGAUACAUACAGGAGUAAGACCGUACAAGUGUGAGGAGUGUGAUUUUGCAUGUAACGAUAGUGGUAACUUGAAGACACACAUGAGGAUACAUACAGGAGAAAAACCGUACAAGUGUGAGGUGUGUGAUUUUGCGUGUAAACAAAGUGGUCAUUUGAAGAUACACAUGAGGAUACAUACAUUAGAGAGACCGUACAAGUGUGAGGUGUGUGAUUUUGCAUGUAAACAAAGUGGUGAUUUGAAGAGACACAUGAGGAUACAUACAGAAGAAAGACCGUACAAGUGUAAGGAGUGUGAUUAUGCAUGUAACGAUAGUGGUAACUUGAAGAAACACAUGAGGAUACAUACAGGAGUAAGACCGUACAAGUGUGAGGAGUGUGAUUUUGCGUGUAACGAUAGUGGUAACUUGAAGAUACACAUGUGGAUACAUACAGGAGAAAGACCGUACAAGUGUGAGGUGUGUGAUUUUGCGUGUAAACAAAGUGGUCAUUUGAAGAGACACAUGAGGAUACAUACAUUAGAGAGACCGUACAAGUGUGGGGUGUGUGAUUUUGCGUGUAAACAAAGUGAUCAUUUGAAGAGACACAUGAUGAUACAUACAGGAGAAAGACCGUACAAGUGUGAGGAGUGUGAUUAUGCAUGUCACAAUAGUGGUAACUUGAAGAAACACAUGAGGAUACAUACAGGAGAAAGACCGUACAAGUGUGAGGUGUGUGAUUUUGCGUGUAAACAAAGUGGUGAUUUGAAGACACACAUGAUGAUACAUACAGGAGAAAAACCGUACAAGUGUGAGGUGUGUGAUUUUGCGUGUAAACAAAGUGGUGAUUUGAAGAGACACAUGAGGAUACAUACAGAAGAAAGACCGUACAAGUGUGAGGAGUGUGAUUAUGCAUGUCACAAUAGUGGUAACUUGAAGAAACACAUGAGGAUACAUACAGGAAAAAGACCGUACAAGUGUGAGGUGUGUGAUUUUGCGUGUAAACAAAGUGGUGAUUUGAAGAGACACAUGAUGAUACAUACAGGAGAAAGACCGUACAAGUGUGAGGAGUGUGAUUAUGCUUGUAAAGAAAGUGGUGUUUUGAAGAUACACAUGAUGAGGAUACAUACAUUAGAGAGACCAUACAAGUGUGGGGUGUGUGAUUUUGCGUGUCAACAAAGUAGGUCAUUGAAGACACACAUGAUGAUACAUACAGGCGAGAGACCGUACAAGUGUGGGGAGUGUGAUUUUGCGUGUAAACAAAGUGGUGAUUUGAAGAGACACAUGAGGAUACAUACAGAAGAAAGACCGUACAAGUGUGAGGAGUGUGAUUAUGCAUGUAACGAUAGUGGUAACUUGAAGAGACACAUGAGGAUACAUACAGGAGUAAGACCGUACAAGUGUGAGGAGUGUGAUUUUGCGUGUAACGAUAGUGGUAACUUGAAGACACACAUGAGGAUACAUACAGGAGAAAAACCGUACAAGUGUGAGGUGUGUGAUUUUGCGUGUAAACAAAGUGGUCAUUUGAAGAUACACAUGAGGAUACAUACAUUAGAGAGACCGUACAAGUGUGAGGUGUGUGAUUUUGCGUGUAAACAAAGUGGUGAUUUGAAGAGACACAUGAGGAUACAUACAGAAGAAAGACCAUACAAGUGUGAGGAGUGUGAUUAUGCAUGUAACGAUAGUGGUUACUUGAAGAAACACAUGAGGAUACAUACAGGAGUAAGACCGUACAAGUGUGAGGAGUGUGAUUUUGCGUGUAACGAUAGUGGUAACUUGAAGACACACAUGAUGAUACAUACAGGAGAAAGACCGUACAAGUGUGAGGUGUGUGAUUUUGCGUGUAAACAAAGUGGUCAUUUGAAGAGACACAUGAGGAUACAUACAUUAGAGAGACCGUACAAGUGUGGGGUGUGUGAUUUUGCGUGUAAACAAAGUGGUCAUUUGAAGAUACACAUGAGGAUUCAUACAGGAGAAAGACCGUACAAGUGUGAGGAGUGUGAUUAUGCUUGUAAAGAGAGUAUUUCAUUGAAAACACACAUGAUGAUACAUACAGGAGAGAGACCAUUCAAGUGUGAGGAGUGUGAUUAUGCUUGUCACCAGAAUGGUACCUUGAAGACACACAUGAAGGUACAUACAGGAGAAAAACCGUACAAGUGUGAGGUGUGUGAUUUUGCGUGUAAACAAAGUGGUGAUUUGAAGAGACACAUGAGGAUACAUACAGAAGAAAGACCGUACAAGUGUGAGGAGUGUGAUUAUGCAUGUAACAAUAGUGGUAACUUGAAGAAACACAUGAGGAUACAUACAGGAGAAAGACCGUACAAGUGUGAGGAGUGUGAUUUUGCGUGUAAACAAAGUGGUGAUUUGAAGAGACACAUGAGGAUACAUACAGAAGAAAGACCGUACAAGUGUGAGGAGUGUGAUUAUGCAUGUAACGAUAGUGGUAACUUAAAGAAACACAUGAGGAUACAUACAGGAGUAAGACCGUACAAGUGUGAGGAGUGUGAUUUUGCGUGUAACGAUAGUGGUAACUUGAAGACACACAUGAGGAUACAUACAGGAGAAAAACCGUACAAGUGUGAGGUGUGUGAUUUUGCGUGUAAACAAAGUGGUCAUUUGAAGAUACACAUGAGGAUACAUACAUUAGAGAGACCGUACAAGUGUGAGGUGUGUGAUUUUGCAUGUAAACAAAGUGGUGAUUUGAAGAGACACAUGAGGAUACAUACAGAAGAAAGACCGUACAAGUGUAAGGAGUGUGAUUAUGCAUGUAACGAUAGUGGUAACUUGAAGAAACACAUGAGGAUACAUACAGGAGUAAGACCGUACAAGUGUGAGGAGUGUGAUUUUGCGUGUAACGAUAGUGGUAACUUGAAGACACACAUGUGGAUACAUACAGGAGAAAGACCGUACAAGUGUGAGGUGUGUGAUUUUGCGUGUAAACAAAGUGGUCAUUUGAAGAGACACAUGAGGAUACAUACAUUAGAGAGACCGUACAAGUGUGGGGUGUGUGAUUUUGCGUGUAAACAAAGUGAUCAUUUGAAGAGACACAUGAUGAUACAUACAGGAGAAAGACCGUACAAGUGUGAGGAGUGUGAUUAUGCAUGUCACAAUAGUGGUAACUUGAAGAAACACAUGAGGAUACAUACAGGAGAAAGACCGUACAAGUGUGAGGUGUGUGAUUUUGCGUGUAAACAAAGUGGUGAUUUGAAGAGACACAUGAGGAUACAUACAGAAGAAAGACCGUACAAGUGUGAGGAGUGUGAUUAUGCAUGUCACAAUAGUGGUAACUUGAAGAAACACAUGAGGAUACAUACAGGAAAAAGACCGUACAAGUGUGAGGUGUGUGAUUUUGCGUGUAAACAAAGUGGUGAUUUGAAGAGACACAUGAUGAUACAUACAGGAGAAAGACCGUACAAGUGUGAGGAGUGUGAUUAUGCUUGUAAAGAAAGUGGUGUUUUGAAGAUACACAUGAUGAGGAUACAUACAUUAGAGAGACCAUACAAGUGUGGGGUGUGUGAUUUUGCGUGUCAACAAAGUAGGUCAUUGAAGACACACAUGAUGAUACAUACAGGCGAGAGACCGUACAAGUGUGGGGUGUGUAAUUUUGCGUGUCAACAAAGUAGGUCAUUGAAGACACACAUGAUGAUACAUACAGGCGAGAGACCGUACAAGUGUGAGGAGUGUGAUUAUGCAUGUAAACAAAGUGGUAAUUUGAAGAUACACAUGAUGAGGAUACAUACAUUAGAGAGACCAUACAAGUGUGGGGUGUGUGAUUUUGCGUGUCAACAAAGUAGGUCAUUGAAGACACACAUGAGGAUACAUACAGGCGAGAGACCGUACAAGUGUGAGGAGUGUGAUUAUGCAUGUAAGCAAAGUGGUAAUUUGAAGACACACAUGAUGAGGAUACAUACAUUAGAGAGACCAUACAAGUGUGGGGUGUGUGAUUUUGUGUGUCAACAAAGUAGGUCAUUGAAGACACACAUGAUGAUACAUACAGGCGAGAGACCGUACAAGUGUUAGGUGUGUGGUUAUGCAUGUAUCCAGAGUGAUUGCAUGAAGAAACACACAAAGAAACAUAUUUGGUUGUACCAUAGUGACCAUAGUGAUAAUUUGAAGAAACGCAUGAGGAUACAUACAGGAGGUGUGUGGCUAUCCAUGUAUCUUUGGGAGGAAGAUGUUUAAAAGUUUUAUGCGUGUGGUUAUCCAUGUAUCUUAGGGAGGAAGACUUUAAAUUGUGUUAGGUGUGUGGUUAUCCAUGUAUCCAUGGGAGGAAGACUUACAAAAGUGUUAGUUGUGUGGUUAUCCAUGGAAUUAAGACUCUAAAGGUUGUUAGGUGUGUGGUUAUCCAUGUUCCUUGAAAACUUGAAGAGCACACGAGGAUAAACAAGAAUAUAAGAGAAGCAAGAGCUUAAUCAUUAACAUAUAACAAAAUCUCUGAAACCAGUAGAGACCAAGUGACGUACGUUAUUUUACAUGACUUUAUGACACAAUAAAUCAUUGCUUUGUUAGAGCUGCAUUCAAUUUAAAUUUGUAUUUACUUGUCCAUUGGUUUUUACAAUUUAAUAUGAACAGUGACUGAUGCGCACACAUCUCCUUACCUGCUUUGCCCAUCUUCAAUUUUAAAAUCUCCGUCGCAUAAUUCACUAUACACUUCACUUUGGACAAAUGGCGUACUGUUGUUCAUAUAUCACAUGAGUUUCAUUAUGAAGGCAAUUAAGAUGUUAUCAAUAAGGUCGCGCACGGUGGAAAACAGGGCGGCGGCCUUUGAAAAGGGCAGUGUGGCGCUGAUUUGCUUUGAAAGGGGCAGCGAGGCGCUUCAAAAAAGCGGCGUGGCGCCGCGCCACGCUAAAACGGCCUGGAUAAAACACUAUUCAUACAAUGUAAUUUGCAUUUAAAGAGAUACUUUUUAUGCCCCCGGUAGGGUGGCACAUAGCAGUUGAACUGUCCGUCAGUCAGUAUGUCAGUCAGUAUGUCAGUCUGUCCGUCCGUCCGAAAAAACUUUAACAUUGGCCAUAACUUUUUCACUAUUGAAGAUAGCAACUUGAUAUUUGGCAUGCAUGUGUAUCUCAUGGAGCUGAGCAUUUUGAGUGGUGAAAGGUGAAGGUCAAGGACAUCCUUCAAGGUCAAAUGUCAAAUAUAUGGCGUCUGUCAAUCCGAAAACUUUUACCUUGGCCAUAACUUUUUCAAUAUUGAAGAUAGCAACUUGAUAUUUGGCAUGCAUGUGCAUCUCAUGGAGCUGCACAUUUUGAGUGGUGAAAGGUGAAGGUGAAGGUCAUCCUUCAAGGUCAAAUGUCUAAUAUAUGGCGUCUGUCUGUCCGUCCAAAAACUUUAACAUUGGCCAUAACUUUUUCACUAUUGAAGAUAGCAACUUGAUAAUUGGCAUGCAUGUGUAUCUCAUGGAGCUGAACAUUUCGAGUGGGGAAAGGUGAAGGUCAUCCUUCAAGGUCAAAGGUCAAAAAAAAUAUUCAAAGCAGCAUUCUCAUGAAGCUGCACAUUUUGAGUGGUGGGGAAUUCAAGGUCAAGGUCAUCCUUCAAGGUCAAAGGUCAAAAAAAAAAUAAAAAAAUUUCAAAGUGGCGCAAUAGGAGGCAUUGUGUUUCUGACGAACACAUCUCUUGUUUAUCUUAUUUAGAUAAAGAGCUUUUAUUAUCAUUGAGAGCAGAUGGCGGAGUACUUAAAUUUGGGUUAGUUUAAACUCGCUUCCGUUUAUAGGGGUUUGCAUAGCAUUAGCAUUGCCUUUCAGUAAUAGGUGUUUUGUUGAAUACUUGAAUGUCAUUUAUGACAUGUAGAUAAUUGCCUUGUUCAUUCUUACCUUUUUCGAGGUUUGCUAAAUAUUUGUUCAAGUUUUUUUUCAUUGUGUUCUACGUGUUAUACUCACGCUCUUAGGAUUAUUCCAUCAAGAUGUUUAUGGAUAAUGUCUUUUUACACUUGCUUUGAAUGAUUUCACUUUUCAUAAUGGUUUUGCCAAUGGUAUUUGUGUUAUGUAAUUGUCUGUCAAAUGUGUCAAGAUCAUAUAGUGUUUUUCUUCUUUUGCAUGUUUUUUUUACGUAUAAAUUUAAAUGAGGCGUUUAUUCUUGUUUAUGUAAUAUUGUGUAAGUUACCUUUUAAAAUCUCCAAUAAAGUACUUUGGUUUGCAA